AUGUCGUUCGACCGAAGCAACGAGGUCUCCCGCGACGGAUUCUCCUCCGCAUACGGUAGAUUCUACACCACUCGCGGGAGCAUCAUGCGCGUAGACGGCCCCUCUCUCCGACGCAUGUUCCUGCCGAAGCUGACACCCGAAGGCCAAAGGCAACUGCGGGACCGCCGCGAUUUCGUCCGCGGCCAACUCCAGCACUACGGCGUUCCAUUCGACGAACAAAACUUCUCCGGCAAGGGGACGGCCCUGCUGAAAAAGGCACUGCAGGAGGGGAAAUGCGACGCGGUUCCUGAACACAUUCUUACAUUGCAAGGACAGCUACUAAGGGAAUGGCUCGAGACUCGCCGUCCAGACGAUACACCCGCUCCACCUGAGUGGGUGAUGGAGGCGUACUUCCUGGGCGGAGACGGGCAGCCAGAUCACACGAGGACAACCACUGUCGUUGAAGUGCCGUUUGAGCUAUCCAGCGAGUACCGCUCUGGGCAGAUGAGAGAGGCGGCCGACGAGAUUGCGGGCCUGCAUUGUGAGACAGGUCGGGGCCCGAAGACCCAGACUGUCUUCAUGGGGUGGAACCGUGCUGCCGUGAUAGCAGCAGCCAAAGGCCACGCCGCCAAGGAGAAGAAGAAGCUGCAGGCAGAGGCAAAGAAGCUCAAAGCACAGGAGAAGGAGAAGGAGAAAUCACGAGCGACAAAGCGCGCGAAAACGGAUACCGACGACGCCCAGACACAGAAAAAGGAUAAGAAGAGUCGGACGACGGCUCAGAAAGCCAAAACGUCGCCCGUUGGGACGUACACGGUCAAAUGUGAAUCCAUCGAAAGCGAAUGGCCGGAUGCUGCGGAGGAUUUGUCGCUCGACAUCCAUGAGGCCGAUGAGCCGGGUAUCUUUGAGGUCUGUUUCGAUUUCGGAAUUCUCGAGGGCGUCAUGAUUAUGAGCCGAGAGAAAGCCGUACUGGAGCAAUACUGCUCCCAAGCUGACCAGGACUACGAAGACAGUGAGGACGAGUACACUAUGGACGAGGACAGUGUGGACGAGAGACCCAUCGCAGGAACCAAGAGGAAAGCAUCCAGUUCCCAACAGGCUCGCGGGUCAAAAAAGAGCAAGACAGGAGGAUCCCAGGACAACACGUUCCACUUGAAGUUAAGAUGUCGCGAGACCGGAGAGGGCCAGAUUUACCAUCAGGCGGAGGACGGCACUAUCAAGUUCAAAGGUGCGAGUUUCGCCAGCUUUGCUGGAGAAGCUAGUCUUCCUUGCGUGGGGAGAGGAGUGCGUUUUACCGCUCGAAAGGUUUCCGAUGGGCCAUGUUCACAGCAAAAUAAAUGGUCUGACUAUUCGGAGGAAGAGUAUGAGCGGGCACGGGUAUCUAGGUGGCACUGA